AUGCGAACUUGCUGCGUGUACAGUCUGUGUACUUACCGUCGCGUUACACACAUAUACACGCGUACAGCGUCAGUAAGUCGACACUCGCUUGUUUUCCGUUAUACCUAUACCACGCGUGUGUGUACCGACUAUCGGAGUUUACAGUGAGGUGUACAAAACAGCCCAAGCCACGACAUAUACACAAACGCGUACAACUACGUAGCAUCUUCGAGCACCUAUACAUGUGGGCGUUCGAUCAUAAUUGUGAAGUGUACUCGCGACGCGUAAUGCGUUUAUCAACGUUCGAUUGUGCGCGAUAGUAUUGUCGGUGCAUAAUGCAUAGCGCCAUGUAGACGGAAUCAGCGGCGAUCCUGAAACCCCUAGGCCCAGCUCGGCAUCCUGCGCGUCCUUUCGUCUACCCACUCGACGCAUAUACCUAUAGGUAUACAGGAUACUACUCGUACCUAUCGUAAAAAAGAGUCAGACUCCGAACUCGCGACACGAGUCGACGCGAGCCUGCAGCAGCAGCACAGGCUUCUGCCGCCCGCAACACGCUACGUCGUACGCGCCACGCACAAGUGCUCCUACCAGCGACCUUGGCCGUUCUUUCGCGCUAGCUCGAUACUCGAUUGUCGCUGAAAUCUCGCGCGUCUGUUGUUUGUUGUCGAUUGUUCCAACAAGCCGGAGGCAUCGGGGCCGGCAAGUCAAGCCGCUUGGAUGUGGAUGCUGGGCGUCAACAAGAAAACCAGCAGCAGCAGCUACGGAGCGGCAGGCUACGGGCCGUGCCGCUGCUGCCGGCGGCGGCCGAUAGCAUGUCGUCGUCGCCGGCUGCUCAACAGCAGCAGCAACAACAACAACAACUACCCAAGCAUCGAUCACCCUCGCCUCAACAACAGCAGCAGCAGCAGCAGCAGUUGCUGCAUAACAAAGUGUUGAACGGUGAAGUAACGACCAGUGAUGCGAUAGCGCCGGCUCCAGUGCUGCCAGUGUCUUCGCAUAAAAAGUCAAGGGCUCCGCUGGACGGCGUCGUCUCGAGUACUCAGAGGCAGCGCAACGCUGCCAGGCUCUCUCACGCCAAAGUUGAAGAGGAAACUAAAGGAGAAGUUGUUGUUAACAACAUGGUUGCGGCGAUGAAUGAACAUCUUACAGCAUCGUCGACAACAAAUAGUGUACGUUUGACGACAGUGAGCUCAAAGAUAAAAGAGCUGAAAAGUAAAGAUAAAAAUAAUACUAUUAUUUCGGACAACAGAAAAGUUGUCAGCAUACUUGGAUAUCCUUGUGAUUUCGAUCACAUGUAUGCCAGUAUGAUAGACGGAGAAUCAUCCACAGCAACAUCAGCUCUAGGAAGUGGUUCUUUAAAAGACACUGAAACUCGACAUAAUAGUUUGAUUGAAGUUAAACAUUUGAAAGAACUUCUUCUUCUUCAUUUGGACUUGAUUCAACAACAAUCUGAACAAAUAGUUACGAAAGAUAAAUUAUUGACAGCCCUCCGGCAAGAAAAUGAAAAUCUUAAAAUGCGUUUGGAACGCAUGGACAGACGAGUUAAUUUACAAAAAAUGCGAUCUGACAGUUCUGAAAAUGCAAAUGAUCAGUCAGGUCCUUGUUCGCCGCCACAUCUGAACGCAUCUCCCAAUAGUCUUCCUUCAAAAAGUGAUCGUAACAAAGAUUCCAAUCUAGUUGAAUGUAUAAGUUCUCAACACAAUGAAAGUUUUAAAUUUAGAUUAAGUUCAAGUGGCGGCAUUACACCUGUAAAACAAGAAUCUCCAGACAAGCUUGACUGCAAGCAAGAAUCCAACGAGGAAGCCUGGGAUAGUAAAAAAAGAAGAAAAUCUGAGUUGACAGCUGUAAAUAAUUGUGCCAAAAGAAAAAGAGGCAUAUCAAGCUCUUCUACAAUCAGCAAUGAUACUAUGUCUACAGUGCCCGAAUCUUUUGGAGGUAAAGGGCCUAAUUUUGAAGUUUUAAGAAAGUUAGAAAAAAAAGGAAAAUCUUUGACAAAAAGAGAAUCAUUUCUAACUUCUGAAGAACCAUAUUACACAGCCGUAGGAGAACCUAAUUACUCCUUAUGUCUGAAAAGUAGAGUAUCCCCUGAAGAUACCACUUCUAGUAACUUGGAAGUCCCAAACUGGAGAGUUAAGGUUUAUACAAGUUGUUAUACCAUGGAAGGAACUGAAAACUUAGAUGAUGAAAUUUUUAAUAAACGACAUCUAAAAUUAGAAAAUGAUGAAAGAAGAAGAAAAAGAUGGGAUGUUCAACGAAUAAGAGAGCAAAGGCAUAUUGAAAAAUUGAAACAAAGACAAGAAAAACAAAACCAUCACGCUGCAUGUCUCAAUUUAAAUCAUAGUGGACCAUGUUUAUCAGCCACGGAGGAAAAUAAUGUAACAACUUUAUGGCCUGAAAUAGAUCAACUGCAAAGCAUUCAAGUUGACGACUAUAUACCUGUUUCUGCAUUUGGAUCCUCAAUUCCAUGUUAUACAGCAAGCAUAUUUUCUUUACCUUGGUUCAUCAACGCUAAAUCAAAGAUUCGAAGGAACAAAAGAUUAAGCAACAGAAGAAAAAAGUCAAGAAGAUAAACUUUAGUGUGAAAAGUGUAUAAGUGAUUUUAAAUUAAUAAGAAACUUUUGAAUUUACACCAAAAUAGAUUAUGGUGUUUAUAGCUAUAAUCUUUUAUUUAUAUAAAGUGCAUUGUGGCAAGAUAUAAAAGGGCACCAAAGAUGAACUUUUAUUUUAAAUAGCCCUAUACUUUUUGAUUUUUUUUCUGAACAAAAUAAUUGAAUGCAAUACAUGAUUAUGAAUUCAAUUCGAUUUUCUUUGGAUGCUCAUUUUGUGAUUAAGACAUUUAUUGAAGUGUCAUUGAAAACUGUAGGCUGAUAUUAACUAAUUUUAUUGAAUAUUGCAACCAAGAUUAACGUUUUAUCAUUUUAUACUGUGACAAAUUUGUAUGAGUAUUAAUUAUGAUUAAUAUUCAUAAAAUAAUAUAUAUUGUAAGUUUCAUAAUAUUUGGUAAAUUAUCAUUACACAAAAGAUAACAUUGAUUAAUGUCUGCGAAUUUUCUCAUAUAGCUAAAAGAAGUAUAACUAUUGAGUAAAAGAAAUUAUUGUAUAAAUGUAGAAAUAAAUUAUAUAUAUAUGAUAUGUGUAUGGAUUUAAUAUCUAUGGACAAAAAUUUGUAAAUUGAAUUCUUUUAACGAAAAAAAUUAUUUAUUAAAGAGCAAAACUACAUUUUGCGUGAAACAGCUCUAAACUCGAGAAUUUUCUUCAUCAUUUCAUAUAUUAAAGUAUUACAUCGAUAAACAUGAUUCCAUAUGAUUUUCAUGAUAUUUGCGGUAAAUUAUCGUAUUUUUUAUUAGUAAAGAGAUGUUUUCCAAAUUUAAAAAAUCUACCACCAGGUUCAUAAAAUAGAAAUUGUCAUGUAUGAGAUAGAGAAACUUCUUGUAAACAAUACAGUAGAUUUUUUUAAUACUUGGAGAUCAUUUUUGUACCAAUCACAAUACACCUCCGAAUUUAAAAAAAAUCUUAUAAAAGUAAUUUUUUCGGAUAUAAUCUUUAAAUUGAAAUUUCACAUUGGAGUAUGUGUUGAGCUUUCUGUACUAUUAAUUAUUUGUAAUCAAUAUCAAAUAUUGUUUUAAUAUCUGCUAUGCUGAAUGAAUGUAACUAUCACUCAAUAAUGUUCUCUGUUCAUCUUAAAUUUCAGUCAAUAAUCGUAUAAAAUUAUUUCUUAUUUCUUGAUACCCCAAUCGAGAGUAAUAUUUUCGACCCGACAGGUGUAACGAAAAUUUUAUUUUCAGUGAAGGGUGUCCAGAAAAAAAGUAUAUGCACUAAGGUGAAAUAAAAAAGAAUGGUUUAUAACACAUAUUCAUUAACCGAAACAAAUUUGAGGUUUAUAAUUUCAAUGUGAUUUAAAACAUUUUAUUUUGUACCUCCUUAGGUCCGCAAUAUACUAUUUUAAAUGAUAAUGAUAUGAGAGAGAAAUAAUUCUGAAAUCUCUAUAAUUGCUCAAGCUUCAAUUUUAUCAUUAAAGAAAAUUCACGUAAUUGUUAACUUGUGAAAUAUGUGACUAAAAUAAAUAAAUGUGGGCCUGUAAAGAAUGAAUUAGAUGAAAAAUA